GUACGGAAGUCGGCAGCCCGGUCCCUGGCCGUUCGGAAGUCAGCCGCUCCGCCCCCAGGUCCGGAAGCCACCCACAGCCCGCCCCCGAGCCCGGAAGUCGGUACGGCCCGCUCCCGGCAGUCCAGAAGUCGGCCCCGCCCCGCCCCUGGCAGUCCGGAAGUCCACCGCUCCACCUCCGACCUCGGAAGUCGGCGGCUGGCUGUACGCCUUGAGGUCCCGGCCCUGCGCCCGCUGGGUCCUGCGCUUGCCUGUCUCCUGUUGAGAGUGGUGCCCGCGCAGUCCAGGGAUGUACAUGCAGGUGGAGUCACGCACCAGCUCCUGCCUCCACUUGAAGAGGGCUCCAGGCAUCAGGUCCUGGUCUCUGCUUGUUGGUAUCUUGUCGAUUGGCCUAGCUGCUGCCUACUACAGUGGAGAUGCGCUGGGCUGGAAGCUCUUCUAUGUCAUGGGCUGCCUGUUUGUGGCCGUGCAGAACCUGGAGGACUGGGAGGAAGCAAUCUUCAACAAGAGCACUGGGAAGGUUGUGCUGAAGACAUUCAGCUUGUAUAAGAAGCUGCUGACUCUUUUCCGAGCUGGUCAUGACCAAGUGGUGGUCCUGCUGAAUGAUAUCCGGGACGUGAACGUGGAGGAGGAGAAGGUUCGCUAUUUUGGGAAGGGCUACGUGGUGGUGCUGCGGCUUGCGACGGGCUUCUCUCACCCCCUCACCCAGAGUGCCGUCAUGGGCCACCACAGUAACUCAGCCCUCCUCCUGUUGCCUGGCCCAGUGACGUGGAAGCCAUCGCCAAGCUUAUUGCAACCUUCCUGGAGCUGCACCGCCUUGAGAGCCCCGUGGAGCUGUCUCAGAGCAGCGACAGUGAGGCUGAUGGCCCAGGGCGCCAGAGCUGAUGACCACAGAGCCCUGGCCUUGGUUCUGGUGGCAGCCUCAGGGACCAGCAGCAAGUCUUCCUCCAGCUCCUGGCUGUGCCCCUGGCAGCCCCAGGUGGGACCCUCCACUGUUCCUGCUGCUUGCUUCCAUCCUCUGAACAAACCAUAGGCUGGACCUUCUUUCUCUGCAGGCUUCAAGGUGUCCAGGGAGGACCUGAGCCUCAGAUCUGCUGCUUCCUGGCAUCAGAUGGCUCCAGCCUGGGCAGCAUGGGGACCAGGUCUCUGGAAUGGGAAGGAUGCCCAGGAUUCCCAGCGGGGGGGAGGGAGGUUUGCCAGCACUGGCUCCUCCCAGCUGUUCAAGCCCCCGGUACAGCAGGCAAGCGCAGGGCCAGAAGCUGGGUCAGGCUGUGAGGAUGCCCACGCUGGCGUGUUGUCCCCAGGAAUCCCAGCACGCCCUACAUGCAACCUCCCUUCCCUGGCUGGAUGUCCUCACUGAUUAGAGUGGUCCUUGCCCAGGGUCUGCAGGGCCUAGGGUCCUGUCUGGCUGUGUGCACUGCAGCCAUACCCGAGGCCUCCCCAGCUCACAGACUGCAGUCUCCAGCCAGGACCGCAGUUGGGCUGUCACAGGGCAGGGAAGGCCUCAGCCUAGGCAAAACCUGCUGGUCUAGAAGAGACUCUCCUGGCUUCACGGUGGGCCUAAAUGAGGGCAUCUCCCUUAGGAAUCGGGUCCUGGCUUCUUGAACCCAAGCAGGAAGUGGGCUGGCUCCACAGCUGUCCCUCAGUGGGGCCCAGGGCGGCGAGGGUACCUUUGAGCAGGCACUCAGGAGGCUGUGUCUAGGAAUGGUCAGGACACAGCACCACAGUGUCCCCAGGCCCUGGGUGAGUGAGGACAGCAGUUUCUAGGAAGCAAGAGAAACGAGACCCUCCCCCUUUUCAGUGGCGGCCGCCAACUAGCCCUAAGUUGGGGAUGUGGUCAUUUAUACAAACCAAAGUUAGGUUUUUAAGUGGUCAAAUCAAAGUCUUUUUCUAAAAUAAAGUAUGAAAUGCCAUAA